GCGCACCGACACACUCACGUACUGUCCCCGGAUCUCCGGACUGACUCUUCCUCUCCAGCCCGCCGUGUUCUCCUGCUCACCUCUGUCCGCAGCCACCAGGCUUCCUGAAAGUGGCCAGCUCUUGUCCGUUCCUCCAGGAAACAGAAGAUUAGAGCAGGAAACACUGGAGGGGCACUGGGACGUUCAGAUUAUGCCAACGCUAAAAAGAACAACAACCCAAUGGUUAGCAGAACAGAAACUGGAGCACUUUGUAUCAUAAUGUAGUUUUCUGUGACUCCCUUCAUGCAACAUCUUUUGACUGCCUGAGUCUAACUGAGGAAUCAAUGGAGAAGGUCAAGGAGGAUCUGAAUCUGUCCUUUCUGUUGAAACAUGAAAGAGAAAUGAUCCUGAAGGUGUUGCAGAAAGAUGAGAAACUGAGGAAACGAGAGGAGAAGAGGAUAAGAAAGCUGAAGAAUGAGCUGCUGGAGAUCAAACAAAAGAGUUCCCGUCGGCCCCAGGAGUUGGGGGAGCGACAGUGUGCUCGCUGCCAGAAAACUUUGGGUCUGAUUUUCGAUCGUGGAGAUCUCUGCGAGGAGUGUCAGUUGCGUGUCUGCAACGACUGUCGCAUUACAGCUCCCAACGGACGCCAGUGGAAGUGUAACGUUUGUGCCAAGAUCUCGGAGCUGAAGGUGGUGACAGGGGAAUGGUUCCUGGAGGAACGGUCCAAACGCUUUGAGCAGGGAGUGCUCAGCAGUGAAGUGAUCAAAGAGACAAUCCUGAGCAGCCCGACCACCACAGACAAAAAGUCUACAGAGAACCUGUCGACCCCUUCUGAGUCAGAGAGACCCGACACCCCAAGAUCCAACAGAAGCGCAAUCAUCAAUUCUGGUGACGGUGCCAGGAGGAAAGGAAGGAUGAAGAUGGAUAAAAAAGGCAGCCGACCGACCUUGAAGCCAGAGAACGGACUCGACAGCGUCAGUGUCAAAUCUGUCUCAGACGGGGAUGCUCAAAGCGUACGAAGCGUUCGCUCUGCUCCGAGUCCACGUUCAAACAGGGGUGGUGCGAUGGCCUUGGAGUCCUCAGGGAUGCCCACAGUACCCAACAACCUGAGACCCCAAACUUUGGACAGGUCGUCCACUCCCAACGACAACCGGAGGGUCAGGCCUGACGGGGCUGAGAGCGUUGCCAGUUUGCACUCCAGCGACAGCGUGCCUGAAAAGAAAGCUGCCAGCCAUCAAAGGACGAACUCUGGCGCUCCAACCAUUUCUGUGUCAAGGGCCUCGGUCUCAUCAGAUCACAGUCGCUCAGAGAUGGACCUAUCAGCUCCGGGUUCUGAGCCCAGCGACGACACCUUCAGUCUCAGAAGCUGCUCGGUCCCCGGGCUCAACGAAACAGAGUUUUCUGAUGAGGAUGCGGAGGAAGACAUCGAUGCCCUGAUGUCAGUCCACAGCAAGACUGCCAGCCGACGCCUCAGCAACGCAGUGUCAACGUCUUCCACCCCUGGCUCAGAGAGAAGGUGGGGGUACCUCAAUGUCCCCGACUCGGAUGCUGAGACUAGCAGCAUAAACAGCAUGAUGAGUAUGUACAGUGAGACUGGUGACUAUGGCAACGCCAGGGUGAGCGGCGAGAUCCUGCUCAACGUCAGCUACAGCUAUAAAACUGGUGCUCUCAACGUCCUGGUCAAAGAGUGUCACAACCUGGCAACGGGAGAUGAGAGGAGGCAACGCACAGAUGCCUAUGUGAAGACUUACCUGCUGCCAGAUACGUCACGACAGAGCAAGAGGAAGACGAGCAUCAAGGCCAACACCAUUAACCCUGUUUUCAAUGAGAAUCUGAGGUAUGUGAUCAGCCACUCACAACUGGAGACACGAACCCUGCAGGUCUCUGUGUGGCACCACGACCGGUUCGGACACAACAGCUUCCUUGGAGAAGUGGAGCUGACCUUUGACACCUGGGAGUUUGACUCCCAGAUAGAGGAGUGGUACACUCUGCAGCCAAAGGUGGAGAACAGUAUCGACUCCACAAUGCACUAUAAAGGAGAACUGACCGUCGUGUUGAAAUAUAUACCUGCAGAGAAGAACCUCAUGCUGCCUCUGGACCAAGUGCAAGUGAAGAAAGGGUUCCUGAAAGGCAAGAAGACGAGCAGCUUCACUCUGCCUAAAGGGGGCAUGGUUGAGCUGCUGGUCAAAGGAGCCAAAAAUCUAACGGCUGUAAAGUCUGGAGGCACCUCUGAUCCUUUUGUAAAAGGGUACCUACUCCCUGACAGCAACAAAUCAACCAAGCACAAGACGGCGGUGGAGCGACGCACAGUGAACCCACAGUGGAACCACACCUUCACCUACUGCGGCCUGCAGCCAGGAGACCUCAACAACGUCUGUCUGGAGCUCACCGUGUGGGACAAAGAGGCUCUGGCCAGCAACGUCUUCCUGGGAGGAGUCAGGCUGGGGGCUGGCACAGGCAAAAGCUACGGGAAUGAGGUGGACUGGAUGGACUCAUACGGGGAGGAGCAGCGGCUGUGGCAACGCAUGAUUGAAAAUCCAGAGGUCCCUCAGGAGUGCACUCUGAUGCUGCGAUCCAGCAUGCGCAAGUGUAACACAUGAGCUGGACAGAAGCACAGACCGAGAGGAUGAAAGAGAACAACAGAGGGAGAGGAGAAAGAGAAAGAAGUGGCCCUACAACUUGGCUCUAUUUCUUCUCCACCCAUAGACGCCCAUCCUGUUCAGACCCUUCUCCUGUCCAGAACAGCCAGUCAUGCCUUACACACACAUCUACACGUGCCCCAUCUGCUGUGUACUGCUGUAAAUGAAAAAACAUGCUGUAUGUAUGUAACUUUCUGUACCUACCGAAUAAGCACACGCUGUGACUCCUGGUGUGUCCGUCCGCGUCUCUGUGAUUCACGUACCAGAGUCAUUUCUGCAUGUAGUUACAGCUGACGGAGACCAUUCGUGAGGCGGCAGACGAGGCACUGAUCAGUGAUGUAGACACUCAGACAUUCCCUUUAUGAGCAACAAAGCUGCAUCCUGGUCUGAAGCACACAAUGAUGCUGAGAUUCAUCCCCUCAUAAACAGCUGUGUACAGAGGUGGAAAGUGACUAAUGUUAGUACAACUGCACUGCACCGUCCUGCUUGACUUGAUUAUUACUGAAGCAGAAUCAUGAUCGCCUGUGAGGACAGCUACUGAAGUAAAAGUACAAUAGUAGCACUUUUUGGACUUCUCAGAGCACUUACACGCUGUAUGGUCACAGUGAAAUUUUUAUCUUAGAUUUACGAGGGAAAAUAUUAUCUAAGCAAAAUGGUGUACUGUCCUAUAGGUUACUCUGUUAUUCUUGCCUUUCAAAAAGUAGCUGAGCACAAGAAAAUUCCACUGGAGGUGAAGGUAGAAAUACUCAUCUUAGGAUAUAUAUGGAAAACAGUAGGAUGGCGAUUAACUUUGUCGAUUACUUUUUCAAAUUUCCUAGAGCUUUAGGCGAUGUCUUCAAAUUCAAAAGCUUGUGUUGUCCGACCAAGCAGCACCAGGCUUUAAGAUCCUGGAAACAUCAAAUGUUAAAUAAUAAAAUGACAAAUGAGCAAUUAUCAAAAUUAAUUGAUUAUCAACAUUCCAGAAAAAUGUGCAAUCUGAAGACAGAUUGCUUGUUUUGCCUGAGCAAAACCUGAAGAUUCUCAAUUUACAGUGAAAUACAACAAAGAAAAGCAGGAAAUCUUCACGUUUGAGAAGCUGUUCUAUCAAAUGUUGAGGUCCAUGAUCUACUGUUCACCACUUUGGUCCAGAAUGAAAUAGCUAAAGGAUUAAAAUGUAAUUUUGUACAGACAUUCGUGGUCCCCAGGGGAUGAACCAUAUUGCGUUUGGUGAUCCUCUGACUACUUCUUCUUCUAGUUGGUGGAAGUUUGCACUGAUUGAGUAAAAUAUCUCAACAUUUACAAAACUUUGUACAGACUCUUUCAACCUAAAGCUAAACUUCAUCAUAUUGAACGUUAUACCUGUUUAGCGUAAGCAUGCUAGCAUUGUCAUUGUGAGCAAGCACAAGUCCUUGAAAAACGUACUUGCAGAAACAUGAGUACUGCCAGUUAGUUACUUUCCACCCCUGGUUCUCUGGAAAAAAAAAAAGGAAAAAAUCUGUGGCACAAAGUCUAGACAGAUUACACGAUUUAGACUAGCUUCAAUGUAAAUUUACAUAACACUGUAUCAGUGUGAUUAUAGAAACUGCAUGGUACUGUAAUAGAAAAAAACAGAGGUAGAAGAACAAAAGGUUACGUAAAGCACUGAUAAUGACAUCACUUUACACUCAGACGAGGAAGUGCGAUUUUCAGUGCGUUCCCAGGGACCCUGAGGCGGGGACUGUGUGUUACAGAGUGAGUCAGCACUGAGGUGAGCUGCCUUCAUCUCAGGGGGAGCCUAAUAAUGAGUCAGUGACAGUCACCUUGUCCCUGUUGCCCAGGGCUCUGCGACCCACCAUCCUGUGAUGAAUCACAGUUCACAAAAAAAAAAAAAAAAAAGAUUCUCAAGUUGAGCCCCGUGUGACCAUUUUUCAUGUGGAAUGCCAAUUCUGUCCUGCUUGUCCUUGGCAAACCCGCCGCUCUGAACUCCCAGAGCAAAACAGUUUCACACUCCACAAUUAUAGUAAUAAUACAUGGUGUUCGCUGUACCACAUACUUUAGAUGAGAGGCUCGUGCAAUAAGAAACUCUUGAUGUACAGCAUGUACAUGUACUCGCUCUGUUUGGUCUGGUUUCCAAGCAUCAGAUUCACUGUAUCCAAACCUAUUUUGUCCCAAAUGUGUUACAGGAAUAUUUUGAAAUAAACACCUUUCCAUAGAC